UGCCUUAAUUGGCAAUCAAACAUCUCCUCCUGACUCCUUAAAUUAUCGCUACCCUAACUACUCAUAUCAACAUCUUCCAUAUCUACUUCAACCGCCGCAAGAUCCCCUUCCCUCACUAGAUCUUCCUCUACUUCCUCUAAGGAUGAUUUCUUUGCCUGGGAGAAAUUUGUCUGGAGCUUCCAUACAAUCUAUGCACUUCCAGAUUGUUCUCCAAUAAUUUGAAUUUAGUCUCCAUUGUUGGCCCUCCUGAUGCUCCUCAGUUGCAGGGGUUCCCAUAUGAAAUCCUUUUUAAGGUUCUUCCUUGGGUCAGAAUGGGUGCCUUACGAAGCCUUUGCUUGUACUGGAAUUUGUAAAGGAAUACUUUCUACUUUAAGAAAUGGCAGAGUUAUUGGCGAAAGGAUGUUUGAUUUUCUUGUCUUUCUCGUAAUCCAGAACUGAAAGAUUGACCCAAUCUUAAAAUCAUAUUUUGCCACAUUUCUUCUUUCUUGAAAAUCACCCAUCUAGUCUCUGAUCCCUUUUGCUCUAAGCCCAUUCAUUAUCUGUUUGUGCAAACAUCCAUACAGAAUGAUUAUGCCAUUUCUUAAAGUAGAAAGUAUCCUUUUAUGUGUAGUACUGGAAAGAUGACAAAUGAAGUAUCUUUUCUCAGAUGAUAUGUUUCCUCAAUCGUCAGCUAGUCACACUUUUGUCAACACUUGGAGUGAAAGAUCAUAUUUUCAAGAGAAGUAAAGGAAAUCUGUAGAUGAAUGGAUGCUAUUCUAACCAAUCCAUUAAGGGCACAUGAAGUGUUUGAGUUUAUGUCUCAAGGAAAUUUGAUAUAUGGAAAUUACUGUACUCAAAGAAAUUUUGAUGUGUGGUUCGAUGCAUUUUGCCUUUCGGGCAGCGAAAAGGCUCAAGAACUGCAAAGUAGACAAGAAUAUUUGUUCUAUAUGGAAGAUCAUUUCCCAUUUAAUGUUUGGUGGAAAUGAACAGGACCAAAAUGUAAUUGUUAAGGGCAAGAAAUUUAUUGCCAAAAACCCUUGCUUGCAUAAUGGUGAUGUGCUUGUAUUGCAUGCCAUUGAUGUCCCAGCAUCGCACCAUAUGGCAGAUUGUGGAUUGUUUUCCCACAAAAAGGAUCAAGGUACUUAUGCAGAUAUAGGUUACACCAUCCAGGAUGUAACUGCACCUGUUUUGUUAUUCCAUCUAGACCAUACCCAAAUAAAUGUUGAGGGGGUGAUUAUGGAGUAUGUUCCAGCAGCAACUUUUUCCCUGGACCAUGAUAUUAUGAUUGAGGUACUUGUCUUCCCCUUUGGAAUGCAAGAUUUAAUUCUGAAACUCUUUAGUACUUCCCCAUAUGGAUUCUGGUUCUCACUUAAUCUUGUAUGUAGUGCUUGCCAUGAAGGUUUCCUAGUACUGAUAAUUUUGAGGCAAUUGGAUAAUGAAGAAUGUUCCUUUACACUUCUUAUGGUCUUUAUAUUGCCCUUGAUUUAUUACAUAAAUGCUUUCUCAUUCUCCCAAUUCUAGAGUUUAUGGAUCAAGUCAUCUGUUUUUUAAUAGCAACCUGUACUCAUAAUGCCAUGGAGAUUUGGAUCUCAUUAAAUGAGUUUCCUCAAAUGCAUAGUUAGAGUUUAUGAAAAUUUUUCAAUUAUGUGUAAACUCUAUUCCUCAAUUUACUCUCUUUCUUCCUUUCACUUUUGAUCAAGCUUCUGGAU